AUCUGAUAUGAACAAAGUGAAGAUGUUAAUACGCUCCAGAUUACAUCGUCGUUUUGCAUUUUGGUAGUUUUUUGCUUGAAAAAGUUAUUGAGAAACAACAAGAUUGUAAAUGAAAAGUGUGCAAAAAAAAUAACACGUGCACAAUGUUGUUGACGGUGCUGCCCUCUGAUGGCCAAAAUUACUGGAUCAUUCGAAAAUUUAAUUGACGAAAAGAAACAAUGGCCAUGAAUUGGGCCAAAACUAGCAAUAAAAUGUUUGAUUAGAUGUCCAUUCCUUUUUUUGGUGAUAUAGAAUGUCACGAAAACAUUCAAAAGUAAAGAGUAUUCGUCGACACUCACUACCACCAUUGUCACCGACGGUGGAAAAAUCCGACAAAAGGACUUCUCCUUCUGCCGAUGAAAUGGAGGAAAAAUCGAUGACCAUCCAUAAAUCGGAGAAAUCAUCACGAAUCAUGCGAAAACAACAGCCAACGCAUCCACGAUUAGCCAAACGACAACCGACCAUGACGAUCAAAAUGGCAAAGCAUCAGUGCCAUCCACAACUAUUGCGGAAAAAAUCGGUGAAAAAUUCGACCGUAAAAUUGUUGACAAAACGCCGUCAAUCGACAGUGAAAUCUGGAUUUGAAUCACGUCCACUUUCGCCCUCACCAAAUGAUUAUUCACAUAAAAAAAUGCCGAUGAAAAAAAUAUCGACAAUGACCAUGAGAAACAAACCGAUUCAAUCGAUGGGUGUGGUGACAAAAACCACAGUCAUCAAAACUGAUGAAGAGAAUAGUCGGAUGAAAUCGAAACAACAGCGAGAUGAUUCCAAACAACACCGGACCGCAGAGAGAACAGCAACAACAAAAUCAAAACAACAACAACCAGGCAAGAAACAAGCAGCUGUUGCCACACAUCAUACCGAAUCGAUGGAUCCAGCAUCAACGAGAACGACAGCCGAGAAUCCUAUGUAUGUAAUGGAUGAGAAUCAAAUGAUUGAAUUGUUCAAAAGUUUCCUGAAGAAUAUCAGCUAUCAGCCGAAAAUACAACCAGAAUCAGAACCACCAACACCGCUACCAUCAGCGACAUUGGCAACACGUGAACAAUUACCAAUGGAAGAUAAGGAUGAACUUGAAGAAUUGAAUGCCGAAAUGAUUGAACUUUUCGGCCAUAUAAACACAGUACACAGUUCAUAUCAGGAAAUUGUUCAAUCAUUGAUAUCGAUACAGAAAAACAAUCGCCACCGUAAAACGACCAAUAGCAAUCGAAUGAUGAUAACGAUCACUAAACAGCCACAACUAUUGCCCGUGUGUGAUGCUGAAAGUGGUGGUGGUGGCGAAUCGAAACAGAAAAAAGAAUCAAUGAAAACUGAAAAUCAUCAGCAGCCACCAACGCUUGAGCCGUACAUGAAUCCCGCUACACGUAAUGAAUCAUUCAAUCAGCUUUUUCAACGUGUUGAUCGAAUUCGUUAUGAAACGGAACAAUUUCGUUCGGCUUUCACGCCCGAUGGAACAUUGAAACGAGAAAUCUAUGACAAUAAUAAAGUUACCUAUGGCCAAUUUAAUCGUUGGCGUCAACAGAUACAAGAAUUGGCUGCCAUUGUCGAAUUAAUCUUGCAGGAAUAUAAUCGCGAAGUAUUGGAAUUGUUUCGCUUGUCACAGACUAUGUCUGAAUAUUGAAUGGAAUCAAUCAAUUCGAUUCAGACUAUUAUUAUUAUCAUCAUCAUCAU